AUGUCUGAUUCAUCCAACACAGAAGUAAAAGUCAAAAUCGUAAAAUUGAGAGGAAGCAAAAAUUAUGCGCAAUGGGAAGCUCAUAUCGCUAUCACACUUAUGGGCAAGGGAUCACUACCGUAUAUCGAGACCGAAUCGCCAUCUCAAGACUUGAAAGAUAAGGAAAACAUCAAGGAACCUCUCAAACUUGCCAAAGCGUACUCAAUAAUUUUCCAGUCCCUUUCAGAAACAAUUUCCUCCGCACUUCCUACCGCCGUCAAGGGCUGGAAAUUGCCAAAUCCAAAAUCGCUUAGGGACGAGAUCAAGAAAUAG